AUGAGUGUUCUGAAUGAGACCUACAGAAACAUUAAGGUGCUGCUGACCUCUGAUAAAGCUGCGGCCAAUUUCUCAGAUCGUUCUUUGCUGAAGAAUUUGGGACAUUGCCUGGGAAUGAUCACAUUAGCUAAAAAUAAGCCCAUCUUGCACACGGACUUGGAUGUGAAAUCUUUGCUGCUAGAGGCUUACGUUAAAGGACAACAAGAGUUGCUUUACGUAGUGCCCUUUGUUGCCAAAGUUCUAGAGUCCAGCAUUCGUAGUCUGGUUUUUAGACCACCAAACCCCUGGACAAUGGCAAUUAUGAAUGUAUUGGCUGAGCUGCACCAGGAACAUGACUUAAAGUUAAACUUGAAGUUUGAAACUGAGGUGCUCUGUAAGAACCUUGCAUUAGACAUCAAUGAGCUCAAACCUGGAAACCUGCUGAAAGAUAAAGAUCGCCUGAAGAACUUGGAUGAACAACUCUCUGCUCCAAAGAAAGAUGUCAAACAGCCAGACGAGCUUCCUGCAAUCACGACAACAACAACUUCAACAACACCAGCUACCAGUACUACGUGUACAGCCACAGUUCCACCACAGCCUCAGUACAGCUACCACGACAUCAAUGUCUAUUCUCUUGCAGGCCUGGCACCACACAUUACUCUAAACCCUACAAUCCCUUUGUUUCAGGCUCACCCACAGUUGAAGCAGUGUGUGCGGCAAGCAAUUGAACGGGCUGUCCAGGAGCUGGUCCAUCCUGUGGUAGAUCGGUCAAUUAAGAUUGCCAUGACGACUUGUGAACAGAUAGUCCGAAAGGAUUUUGCCCUGGAUUCUGAGGAAUCUAGAAUGCGAAUAGCAGCUCAUCACAUGAUGCGGAACUUGACGGCUGGAAUGGCUAUGAUUACUUGCAGGGAGCCUUUACUGAUGAGCAUAUCUACCAACCUAAAAAACAGUUUUGCCUCAGCCCUUCGUACUGCAUCCCCACAACAAAGGGAAAUGAUGGAUCAGGCUGCUGCUCAGUUAGCUCAGGACAAUUGUGAAUUAGCUUGUUGUUUUAUUCAGAAGACUGCAGUGGAGAAAGCAGGCCCUGAGAUAGACAAGAGGUUGGCAACUGAAUUUGAGCUGAGAAAACAUGCUCGGCAAGAGGGACGGAGAUACUGUGAUCCUGUUGUGUUAACAUAUCAAGCGGAACGGAUGCCAGAACAAAUCAGGCUGAAAGUUGGCGGUGUGGACCCAAAGCAGCUAGCCGUUUAUGAAGAGUUUGCACGAAAUGUGCCUGGCUUCUUACCUACAAAUGACUUAAGUCAGCCUACAGGAUUUUUAGCUCAGCCCAUGAAACAAGCUUGGGCAACAGAUGAUGUAGCUCAGAUUUAUGAUAAGUGUAUUACAGAGCUGGAGCAGCACCUACAUGCCAUUCCACCAACUUUGGCCAUGAAUCCUCAAGCCCAAGCUCUACGAAGUCUUUUGGAGGUUGUAGUGUUGUCUCGGAAUUCUCGAGAUGCGAUAGCUGCUCUUGGAUUGCUGCAGAAGGCUGUAGAGGGUUUAUUAGAUGCCACAAGUGGUGCUGAUGCUGACCUAUUGCUGCGAUACAGGGAAUGCCACCUCUUGGUACUAAAAGCUUUGCAGGAUGGCAGGGCAUACGGAUCACCAUGGUGCAACAAACAGAUCACAAGGUGCCUAAUUGAAUGUCGAGAUGAAUAUAAAUAUAAUGUAGAAGCUGUGGAGUUGUUAAUUCGAAAUCAUUUGGUUAACAUGCAGCAGUAUGAUCUUCAUCUCGCUCAGUCAAUGGAGAAUGGCUUAAACUACAUGGCCGUGGCAUUUGCUAUGCAAUUGGUAAAAAUUCUGCUGGUGGAUGAAAGGAGUGUUGCCCAUAUUACUGAGGCAUAUCUCUUCCAUACCAUUGAAACCCUCAUGAGGAUAAAUGCUCAUUCCAGAGGCAAUGCUCCAGAAGGAUUACCCCAGCUGAUGGAAGUAGUGCGAUCCAACUAUGAAACAAUGAUUGAUCGUGCUCAUGGAGGCCCUAACUUUAUGAUGCAUUCUGGGAUCUCUCAAGCCUCAGAAUAUGAUGACCCUCCAGGCCUGAGGGAGAAGGCAGAGUAUCUUCUGAGGGAAUGGGUGAAUCUAUACCAUUCAGCAGCAGCUGGCCGUGACAGUACCAAAGCUUUCUCUGCGUUUGUUGGACAGAUGCACCAACAAGGAAUACUUAAGACCGAUGACCUCAUAACAAGGUUUUUUCAUCUUUGCACUGAAAUGUGUGUUGAAAUCAGUUACCGUGCUCAAGCCGAGCAGCAGCACAAUCCUGCUGCCAAUCCCACCAUGAUCCGAGCCAAGUGCUAUCACAACCUCGAUGUCUUUGUCCGCCUCAUUGCACUGUUGGUGAAGCACUCUGGGGAGGCCACCAACACUGUCACAAAGAUCAAUCUGCUGAACAAGGUCCUCGGUAUAGUAGUGGGAGUUCUCCUACAGGAUCAUGAUGUGCGGCAGAGUGAAUUUCAGCAGCUUCCCUACCAUAGGAUUUUUAUUAUGCUGCUGUUGGAGCUCAAUGCACCUGAGCAUGUGUUGGAAACCAUUAAUUUCCAGACUCUUACAGCUUUCUGCAAUACAUUCCACAUCUUAAGGCCUACCAAAGCUCCUGGCUUUGUAUAUGCUUGGCUUGAGUUGAUCUCCCAUCGGAUCUUUAUUGCAAGAAUGUUGGCACAUACGCCACAGCAGAAGGGUACUCUAAGAGUGCUGCUAGUUCUUUUGCAUGAUUUCCCAGAGUUCCUUUGUGAUUACCAUUAUGGGUUCUGUGAUGUGAUCCCUCCUAAUUGUAUCCAGUUAAGAAAUUUGAUCCUGAGUGCCUUCCCAAGAAAUAUGAGGCUCCCAGACCCAUUCACUCCUAAUCUGAAGGUGGACAUGUUGAGUGAAAUUAACGUUGCACCUCGAAUCCUCACCAAUUUCACUGGAGUGAUGCCACCUCAGUUCAAAAAGGAUUUGGAUUCAUAUCUUAAAACUCGAUCUCCUGUCACUUUUCUGUCGGAUCUUCGCAGUAACCUACAGGUAUCUAACGAACCUGGCAAUCGCUACAACCUCCAGCUUAUCAAUGCACUGGUGCUCUAUGUAGGGACUCAGGCAAUCGCACACAUCCACAACAAGGGCAGCACGCCAUCAAUGAGCACCAUCACCCACUCGGCACACAUGGACAUCUUCCAGAAUCUGGCUGUGGACUUAGACACUGAGGGCCGGUAUCUCUUCUUAAAUGCCAUUGCAAACCAGCUGCGGUACCCCAACAGCCACACCCACUACUUCAGCUGCACCAUGCUCUACCUGUUCGCCGAGGCAAACACCGAGGCAAUCCAGGAACAGAUCACAAGGGUUCUCUUGGAACGGUUGAUUGUAAAUAGGCCGCAUCCUUGGGGUCUUCUUAUCACCUUCAUUGAGCUGAUUAAAAACCCAGCAUUUAAGUUCUGGAACCAUGAGUUUGUACACUGUGCCCCAGAGAUUGAAAAGUUGUUCCAGUCUGUUGCACAGUGCUGCAUGGGACAGAAGCAGGCUCAGCAAGUGAUGGAAGGGACUGGAGCCAGUUAGAUGAACUGUAGCCCUCCCCGGAGACGGCAGCCUUGGUCCCACUGAACCAAGAUGAUAAACUGAAGAGUCCUUUCAACUCCUCCUGACUUUCCCAGCCCUUUGGUUCUUGGGUGUCGGCCCCAUCAAUUGCUGGGGUUGGCCUCCUGUCUAUAUGGGCAAGUUCCAAAGUUUAAAUGCAUUUUUUUUGACUCUUGGCCAAAAUUUAGAAGAUGCUGUGAAUAUCAUUUUGAACUUGUGUAAAUAUAUGAAAGAGAAAAAAAAAG